ACCCCAGAGUCUUGGGUUCUAGGAGGCAGGAACAGCAGGCCUGGGCAGCCCAAAGGACUCUAUCCAGAACGUAAAUGAGCAUACUGCUGGCCCAUGCCCCUUGGGGCUGUAGAGGGCAGCCUCAGAGGCACUGGGCACUCCCAGUAUUAUGGAGGACGCUGCAGUCCUCAAGCGACGAGGCUACCUCCUGGGGAUACAUUUAGGAGAGGGCUCCUAUGCAAAAGUAAAAUCCGCUUACUCUGAGCGCCUGAAGUCCAACGUGGCGAUCAAGAUCAUCGACCGCAAGAAAGCCCCCGCAGACUUCUUGAAGAAAUUCCUUCCCCGGGAACUUGAGAUUCUGGCCAUGUUAAACCACUCCUCCAUCAUCAAGACCUAUGAGAUCUUUGAGACAUCACAUGGUAAGGUCUACAUUGUCAUGGAGCUCGCAGUCCAGGGCGAUCUCCUCGAGUUAAUCAAAACCCGGGGAGCCCUGCACGAGGACGAGGCUCGCAAGAAGUUCCACCAGCUCUCCUUGGCCAUCAAGUACUGCCACGACCUGGAUGUCGUCCACCGGGACCUCAAGUGUGACAACCUUCUCCUCGACAAGGACUUCAACAUCAAGCUGUCUGACUUUAGCUUCUCCAAGCGCUGCCUGAGGGACGACAAUGGUCGAAUGACAUUAAGCAAGACCUUCUGCGGGUCACCAGCCUAUGCGGCCCCUGAGGUGCUGCAGGGCAUCCCCUAUCAGCCCAAGGUGUAUGACAUCUGGAGCCUGGGCGUGAUCCUCUACAUUAUGGUCUGCGGCUCCAUGCCCUACGACGACUCCAACAUUAGGAAGAUGGUGCGUAUCCAGAAGGAGCACCGCGUCAACUUUCCACGCUCCAAGCACCUGACAGGCGAGUGCAAGGACCUCAUCUACCGCAUGCUGCAGCCAGAUGUCAACCGGCGGCUCCACAUCGACGAGAUCCUCAGCCACUGCUGGAUGCAGCCCAAGGCAUGGGGACUGCCCUCUGUGACCACCAACAAGGAGGGGGACAGCUCCCGUGGAACUGAAACCUUGAGGACCCCCAAACCUGACUCUGCCAAGAGGUCUGCCAACAAGCUGGAGCCUGAGGAAGAGACACAGCCCCAGGCACAGCCCCAGGCAGAGCCCCAGGCACAGCCUGAGACAAAACCCGAGGGGGCGGCAACACCAAUGUCCAGGCAGUCGGAGAUCCUGGGUUUCCCCAACGAGCAGUCAACCAGGGAGACAGAGGAAGGGCACCCCCAACGGCUUCCAGAGACGAAGGCCUAGUGAGCUUCUUCAACUAGGAAAACGUAUCUAUGGACUCAAUCCAGAAAAAGGGUUCUCAUCCACUCCUUCUUCUACAACCAAGAGACUAGACGCUGGUGUUUAUCCUUUCCCUUCAAGACUCAGUGAAAGAAUUUCUCAUGAAAACUUCAACUGCUGCCACUUGGAAUCUUCUUAGAAUGCUGGCAAUACUUAAGUAAGAAAAUCAGUAGGGGUAGUUACCAAGGGCUGGGGGUGAGGAUAAAAGGAGGAAUGGGGAAAGCAAAAAUGUUGAUCAAAGGGUACAAAGUUUCAGUUAGACUGGAGGAAUAAGUUUUUGUGAACUACUGAACUGCAUGGUGACCACAGUUAAUGUAUAUUUCAAAACUUCCGAAAGAAUGUAUUUUAACAUUCUUACCACAAAGAAAUAAUAAGUUGGUAAGAAGAUAUGUUGCUAGGUGCAGUGGCUCACAUUUGUAAUCCCAGCACUUCGGGAGGCCAAGGCCAUAGGAUUGCUUGAAGCUAGGAAUUUCAUACCAGCCUGGGCUACAAAAUGAGACCCAUCUAAACAACAACAACAACAACAAAUGUUUAAGAAAAUUAGCUGAGCAUGGUGGCAAACACCUGUAGUCCCGGCUACCGAGGAGGCUGAACCAAAAGAAUUCCUUGAGGUCCUUGAGCCCUGGAGGUUGAGGCUGCUGUGAACUAAUAAUCACACCACUGCCCGUCAGCCUGGGCAUCAGGGCACUCCAGCCUGGGAGAUGGAGACAGAGCAAGAUUAAAAAAAAAAAAAAAGAUGCUGGAUAUAUUAACUAGCUUGAUUGAUUCCUUUUAUAAUGUAUACAUAGAUCAAAACAUCACACUGUACCCCAUAAAUAUACACAAUUACUAUUUGUCAAUUAAAAAUGAAGAAAAAAGAAAACAACAAAGGAAAGAAUGUCUUAAAAUUUUAAUCAAACUCCAAAGGCUAAGCUAAAAUUAAAUAAGUAUCUGCUGACCUAAAACUUAACAGCUUUCAUUAAGGAGCCUAGAACUUGCUUCGGGCUGAUCAAAUUUCCUAACAGUAUAGUUUCACAACAGAAGUCAAGAGAGAUAUAUUUCGGUUGGUCACAACUCCUAGAUUACACCAGUCUGAAGAUGACUACACUUAUAAAAAGGCAACAACUUUUAUUAUUUUAAUAUUCCUUAAUGCAUUAAUGAAAAACAAAAAUAAACUUAAAAAAAUCAGAUACCCACUAAUAAAAUUUUCCCGUUUCCUGUUUCACUCCUGUCCUUAUGCAUAUAUCACAAAAGGCAACUUUAAAACUUCCCUCUAAUCACAGUAUGUCAUUAUCCUCACCAUUCUUUUGAAAAUUUAGCAAAGUGUUUUCUUAAAAUGCAUUAGUUCACUCUGCCAGAUGUUAAAAUAUAGAUUACCAAGAUGAAAGACAGAGCCUUUUCUCCAACAGCUUAUGAUCUAAUACAAGUAAAACAUAGGUAUAAUUAUUUUUAAUUUAUAGUUUUGUAUUUUGCCUUUUUUACAUUUCAAAAAAAGAAAUAGAAGUCCUCAAAAUGAACUGGGCACAGUGGCUCAUGCCUGUAAUCCCAGAACUUUGGGAGGCCAAGGUAGGAGGAUAACUUGAGCCCAGGAGUUCCAGACAAGUCUCUACAAAAAAUACAAAAUUUAGCUGGGCAUGGUGAUGCACACCUGUAGUCCCAGUUACUCAGGAGGCUGAGGAGGGAGGAUCACCUGAACCCAGGGAGGUCAAUGCUGCAGUGAGCCUGGUUCAUGCCACCGGACUAGGUGGCUAAAUGAGACCCUGGUUCAAUAAAAAUAUAAAAAUAGGGCUGGGUGCAGUGGCUCACACCUGUAAUCGAUCACUUUGGGAGGCCAAGGCGGGCAGAUCAUUUGAGAUCAGUAGUUCAAGAGUAUCCUGAUAACAUGGUGAAACCCCAUCUCUACUAACAAUACAAAAAAAGCUAGGCAUGGUAGUGUAUGCCUGUAGUUCCAGCUACUAGGGUGGCUGAGGCAGGAGAAUCGCUUGAACCCAGGGGGUGGAGGUUGCAGUGAGCCGAGAUUGUACCACUGUUCUCCAGCCUGGGUGACAGACAGAAACUCCGAGAGAAAAACAUAUAUACAUAUACACACACACACACACACACACACACACACAUGCAUAUAUGUAGAGAGAAAAUAUAUUAAAAGUUAGUGGGCAAUUUCUGAUGUAAGAGUAGAACAAAUAACAUACUGUAAGAAGUUAAGAGAAACAAUGGUUUUGAGCAGCGAGAUUGUCAUCUUCAAAGAGAAGUGACAGAUACUAAGGGUCUUGAAGAAUUGGUAGGAUUCAAAAAUACAGAGAACAGGGAGUAUGAAAUUACAUGAAGGGCAGAGUAAAAAUGUGGACAAAAUCACAGCAUCGAGAAAAUAUAUGAAUAAUAAUAAUUAGUUUAUGUUGCACUUAAAAAAAAAAAAAGAGAGAUGUCUGAGGACAAAGCCACAGAGCACUUCAAACAUUUAGGAAUCACGAAAAAGAGAAGGCCCUAGCUAAGAAAAUUCAGUCAGUGGGUUUUUCACCAAGGCCUCUCCUAAGUGAGAAGUCUGGCUGGAGACACAGUGUACAUGGGCAGGCCUAACUUUAGCCAGAGUGGGCAAAGAACCAGCAAUCAAGAUGGCAGCAGUCUUAAAUCCCAAACAAGAAGGGACUAGGGCACCUACAAUAGUAACUUAAUUAGCACUCUCCAAGAUAUCUCAUUAAAUUUCUUCAGAGAUGAAUUCUCUUCUAUUUUCUCUUAUAAUGUAUAAAAAAUGCUUAGCAAGCACAAAAAAGUACUGAAUAAAUGGCAGGUAUAUAUUAACACCCUAAACCACUAUCAACCAUUUUGCUUUGGUUUGAAUGUAUUCCCCAAAGUUCAUGUGUUGGAAAUUUAAUCUGCGAUGCAACAGUGUUCAAAGGUAGGACCUUUAAGAGAUGAUUAGGUCAUGAGGGCUCUGCUCUCAUGAAUGAAUUAAUGUCAUUAUUUCAGGAGUGGGUUUGUUAUCAAAGCAAGUUUUCUCCCAUACUUGCCCACAUGUGCAUACCACGUGAUGCCUUCCGCCAUAUUAUGAUGCAGCAGGAAGGCCCUCACCAUAUGUAGCUCUUUGUGCUUGGAUUUCCCAGCCUCCAGCACCAUGACCCAAAUAAAUUUCUGUUCACUAUAAAUUAUUCAGUCUCAAGUAUCCUGUUAUAGUAGCACAAAAUGAACUAAGACACAUAUUAAGAUGUUUCCCAGUUUCAGUGGCAAAUACUCUAGUACUGAAAUAACAAAAAGCUGAGAAGGUGACAGAAUGAGUUUAAAAUAUUUAAAGAGUCAACCAUGGUGGCACCUGGAAGGUCUAAGAACUCCAAAAACAAGAUAAAAUUUGGGAGGAAAACUUGGGGUAAAGUACAAAGACAAUUCAAUGGGGAUAGAAUAAUCAACAAACGGUGCUCAAACAACUAAAUAUCCACAUGUCAAACAAUGAAACUGGAUCCCCACCUCAUACCAUACACAAAACUAACUCGAAAUGGACCACAGACCUAGGUAUAAGAAUUAAGGCUAUUGAAUUCUUGAAGGAAACAUAGUUAAAAGAUUUUGACCUUGAAGUGGGCAAAGCUUUUUUAUAUGCUAUACUAAAAGCUCAAAUGAAGAAAAAAUAGAUAAACUGGAUGACAUCAAAAUUCAAAACCACUAUGCUACAAGUGAUAGCAGCAAGAAAGUAAAAAGACAACCUACGUAAUGGAAAGAGAUAUUUGCACAUCAUAUACCUGAUAAAGGAUUUGCACCAGGCAUGUAUUAAGAACUCUUGGCCGGGCGCGGUGGUUCAAGCCUGUAAUCCCAGCACUUUGGGAGGCCGAGGCAGGUGGAUCACGAGGUCAAGAGAUCAAGACCAUCCUGGUCAACAUGGUGAAACCCCAUCUCUACUAAAAAUACAAAAAAUUAGCUGGGCAUGGUGGUGCGUGCCUGUAAUCCCAGCUACUCAGGAGGCUGAGGCAGGAGAACUGCCUGAACCCAAGAGGCGGAGGUUGUGGUGAGCCAAGAUCACGCCAUUGCACUCCAGCCUGGGUAACAAGAGUGAAACUCCGUCUCAAAAAAAAAAAAAAAAAAAGAA